AUGGAGCGGCUCAAAUCGGCGGUGCCGACCGAACUCCGGCGGGCCGUCGGCGAGGGCACGGCUGCCGACCUCCCGGCCACCUCCUCUCGCCUGUUCGCCUUCUUCCACACCCUUCCCCUCUUCCACCAGGUUAUGCAAGAGCUGACCGACCCCGAACUUGCGCUGUGCCGCAAAGACACGGUGAAGGCUGUAGAGUUCAAGGGCCACGGUAAUGCGUGCUUCUCAAGGAGGGAGUUUGGGCAAGCUCUCCGGUACUAUUCGCAGGCAUUGCGUCAUGUCCCGAUUAAUUCGGAUGGCAUGGAUGUGAAGUUGGUAUCUGCAAUAUAUGUCAAUCGAGCCUCCACCAUGCAUAAAUUAGGUCUGUUCAAAGAAUCUCUAAGGGAUUGUGACAGGGCCAUAACCAUUUCACCUAAUUAUUCUAAGGCAUGGUACAGGAAGGGAAUGGUAAAAACAGCGCUUAAGAAUUAUUCAUCUGCAGUACAUGAUUUAGAGGUUGCAUUGAGCCUGGAAGUGACUUCUUCAGGGAAGAAUAACAUAGAACAAGAGCUAAAGUUGAUUUUGCAAAAGCAUGAAAGUGUCAAUGAAGCUGGGACAUCAAACUGUGAUAGCAAGGAUGAAUAUUUGCCUCUUGCAGGACAACCUCAUAAGGUUGUUAUAGAAAGUAUCUCAACACCAAACAAAGGUAGAGGAAUGGCUUCUACAGAUGAUAUCCCCCCAGCUUCGUUGAUUCACGUCGAGGAUCCUCUUGCCGCGAUUAUCAUGAAAUCUUCCCGUGAAAUACACUGCCACUUUUGCUUCAGUGAAACUCCAGCAGAUGUUGUAUUCUGUCCUUCAUGUACAAUACCAAUUUACUGUUCAAAAAGGUGCCAGGAGCAAUCCGUAGGUGAUAUUUCUUGUGAUGAAGAUACUCAUCUUGGAUAUUCAACAAGUAUUGCAAACCUGAGUAUAACUUCUACUAGUUGCAAGUCUCCAAGAUCUAAGCUAUUUGCUGAACACAAGCAUGAAUGUGGAGGUGCCAAUUGGGCAGCUGUUUUACCAACUGAUGUAGUUUUAGCUGGACGAAUAAUGGCACGCAGCAUAGAAAAAAUGAUGCUGUCUGGAAAGAGUUUUGCUAUCUCCGGCCCAAAUUUGGAUCUAGUUCACCAUUAUGAUCAACAUUCUCCUGCCAACAAGUUGGAAUCACAGAUAUAUGCAAUUGUCCUAUCGUUAUGCCUCCAAAAUUAUUAUAGAUCAGACCUUUUGUGGACAGAAGAUUCUUUAUCACAGCUGGUUCUUUUGAUAUUUCAAAUUAAAGUCAAUUCAAUUGCUAUUGUCCGAGUGAGGUCGGUGGAUGGAAGCCCAGAGCUCACAGUAAAUACAGGUGUUUCUGGAGCUGAAGGUGCAAACAUGUGUGGUGUGGAGCAGGUCAGGGUUGCUCAAGCUGUUUAUGUAUCUGGUAGCCUGUUCAAUCACUCAUGUCAGCCCAAUGUACAUGCAUAUUUUCUUUCACGUGCGCUCGUGCUGAGAACUACAGAAUUUAUAAAAUCCGGGAGCCCAGUUGAACUGUCAUAUGGUCCACAGGUUGGUGAGAUGCAACUUUCAGAGAGACAGAAGUCACUUCAAGAGAAUUACUACUUCAGUUGUCAAUGUUCAAGUUGCUCAGAACUAAAUCUAUCAGACCUUGUUUUGAAUUCAUUUUGUUGUCCACAAAACAACUGCCUUGGUGCCAUAUCAGAAUCAACUUACUACAGGUCCAAAGAGAAUUUUGUGAAUGUUUCCCUUGGAGGAUCUUAUGUCUGCAAACUAUCAUUGCCUGAUGUAUCAAAGGUUGAUAAGGAUAUGGAGAAUGUCGCCAAAUCUCUUUUAGGAAAUAUUGGUGUCAGUCUGAACAUAGAUCAUGGAUGUUGCACGAGUUGUAGAUCCCAUAUUGAUGUGUUGUCUGCUCUGGCUACAUCACACAGGGAAGAAUCUACCAUCAAUAGGUUGAAGAAACUUACAUUGCUAGACAAGACUCUCAUCACAGAGGCAUUACAAUCCCUAAAACUACUCAAGAAGCUGAGGCACCCAUAUAGCAAGGCUCUUGCGCAGGCCGAAGACACAAUUGCAGAGGCCUUUGCAAAGGUAGGAGACCAAGAACGAGCAAGAAAGCACUGUGAAGCAUCAAUUCAGAUCCUCGAGAAGCUGUACCACCCGAAACACAUCAUCAUUGCGCACGAGCUUACCAAGCUUGUUUCGAUUCUGCUGUCCCUGGGAGAUGGGGCAAGCGCAGCAGCCACAUUCGCUCAAGCAGAGGCAAUAUUUUCGCUUUACUACGGAUCUCAUGUGGAGAAGACUUUGACAUACAUGGGUGCCCUGAAGAAAGCUGUCAGCGACGUGUAG